CAAAUCACAAUAUUCUCUUUUCACAGCUUCCCCGAUGCCAGUUCCACCAAACGCCGUCGCUCUGGAGCCUCCCCCGGUGACUCAAAACAUCCGAGCACAGAUUAUGGCAGGUGCGGAUGUAGAUCUCUCACAUUUACUUUCUCUUUUUCCCGUAUCCGAUUCCAACCGUCAGUUAGACUGCGGGGAUUUUUCAGUCACUUUAAAAAAUCAAAAUACACAUUCGUCACGUUUACUUUCUUUUCCAGAGUUUUCAAUUGCUUUCAGCCACUACACAGACAUCAUUUGCUCAGCCUUCCCCCAUAGACGACGCGAACUGAACGACUAUUUAGCACUGAUAGCCGAGCUCGCGUUGUCCUACGGGGGAGGGCACUUUUACACUUACCACAAACUCUUUUCAGCAAAAUGCGCCGUUAGGGUUUCUCAGUGGAACCAAUGCCCUUACUGGGGAGCACUAGACACUGACUUACACAGUAGAGUCUUCCUCGGCUGCAGGAAUAUUUCCUGCGCGGUCUGUAGGUCAGUGUCGCAUCCCACGACAUCGUGUCCCCAAGUUAACCCCUUCGUUUCUCCACGCCCUGAAACAGCUCCAGUCAAAUCCACUAGCUACACACCAAGACCGGCGACUAGCAACCUUCACGAGGCUAAAUUCAGCUCCAGAGCACUCACAGACAACAAACAGCCUUGCAACAAUUUUAACAUUGGCAAAUGCACCAGGCAGCGUUGUCGGUACUUGCACAUAUGCAGCUUUUGCGGCGGUGCUCAUGCCCGUCCCGUAUGCCCUGUAUAUAAAGAUGUCAAUAAAAAAUCUAGAAAUUAUUUAUCGACUCCUGUGAAUAUUUCUCGCCUUUCCAUCGAACUAGCUCACCACCCGGACUCCGAAUUCACCGAAUAUCUGCUGUCUGGCCUACUACACGGCUUUAAACCUGGAGUGGUUUGUCCGCUCUCCCAAAACAUCAUCUGCGAUAAUCUCCAAUCGGCUCUCGCUGAGCCCGACGUGGUAGACAACCUGAUUAAAAAAGAAGUCGAGUCAGGCUUUAUGAUCGGCCCUUUUGACGAGCCUCCUUUCAAAAAUUUUCGCAUUAGCCCCAUUGGAGUGGCUACGAGAAAGUUUUCAGGUAAGAAACGCCUCAUAGUCGAUCUGUCAGCUCCACAUAAGUCCAUGUUCCCAAGCAUUAACAGCCUGAUCCCACUCAACGAAUUUUCUCUCAAAUACCACGACGUAGAUCACGCAAUCGACCUGAUUAAAAUCGUGGGUCGGGGUGCCUGGCUCGCUAAAAUUGACAUCACUUCAGCUUUUAAAGUGAUGCCCAUCCACCCGGAUUCAUGGCACUUAUUCGGCGUGCGCUGGCAUGAGAAAUUUUAUUUCGCCGUACGCUUAACUUUUGGAUGCAAAAGCAGCCCCAAAAUUUUCGACAUGCUAUCUGAAGCCGUUUGCUGGAUCUUGUCAAACAAUUACGCAAUUCCUCACCUCAUUCACCUGCUGGACGAUUUUCUAAUAAUUUCGCCUCCUGGCGCCAUUCCAGCAGCCCAGAUCCUCACAGUUCAAAAAGUCUUUUCCGAGCUCGGAAUCCCCAUCGCCCAGGAAAAAACCAUGGGUCCCGCUACAUCCAUCGAGUUCCUUGGCAUUAAUCUAGAUUCAGUUCGAUUCCAGGCCUCCCUGCCCAAGGAGAAAAUUGAUAGGAUAAUCCUCAUCUCAUCUACCCUCGCGGACAGUCCAGAGUGUUCCAAACGCGAACUCCUAUCCAUGCUCGGCCACUUAAACUUCGCCAUGCGCAUUAUUCCACAAGGCCGCCCUUUUAUUUCUCAUCUCCUCUUUCUCGCGUCUUCAGUCCACGCACUAGAGGAUCUAAUUUCCAUAACUCCGGCAUGCCGCGACGAACUCGGGCUAUGGAUAACUUUCCUUAAACAGUGGAACGGCCUAUCCUUUUUCUAUAAGGAUCUAAUUUCCUCCCCCCUCGACAUCCAGCUGUUCACAGAUGCAGCCCCCUCUGUUGGCUUUGGAGGGUUCUACCAAGGUCGCUGGUUCGCGUCUACGUGGCCCCCCCAAAUACAGGACACGCUUCAGUCCUCUGCAUUAUUCGAGCUCUACCCUCUCGUAGUAGCAGCCUUCCUGUGGGGGAAAGAAUGGACUGCUAGCAGCAUUGUAGUGCAUUGUGACAACGAAGCUACAGUCCAGUGCAUUAAUAAAGGCCGUUCCCAUGCACCCGCUCUAAUGCCACUUUUAAGACGUCUAACCUGGAUUUCCGCAUGUGACCAAUUUAUCUUAAUCGCAAAACACAUCCCCGGGUCAAAAAACCAAAUUGCUGACUCUCUGUCUCGCUUUAUGUUUCAGAAAUUCAGGAUGCUGGCUCCAGAGGCGGACGAGCUCCCAACUCCAGUACCUCAUUAUUCGGAAUUAAUAUUCCCAUAACUCACCCGCAAAAAUCCCUCCUCAACAGAUCGCUCGACACCAUUCUCCAAGCUGUUUCCCCCAGAACUCUCCAAUCCUAUGUGACCGCAUGGAGAUGUUUUAAAGCCUUCCACCUUUCUUAUAACACGCCAUUCCCUGAUUUUUCCCUCCUUACAAUAACCUCCUUUAUCUCUUACCUCGACAGUGUCAAAAACCUCCAAGUCGGGUCCAUCAAAAGUUAUUUAAGCGGCAUCCAAUUUUUUCACAAAUUGAUCCACGGCGCCCCCUCUCCGGAAAUAAAUAAUUCACAAACCUCCCUCCUGAUUAAAGGCAUCCAACGAUCCCAGCCCACCCGCCCGGAUACCAGACAACCCAUAACUUUAGAUAUUCUCACUAAAUGCAUUCAGACCCUCCGCACAGGCUACCGAUCCCUCAAUACCUCCCGCACACUCGACGCCAUGUUCAUUCUAGCCUUUUUUGGUUUCCUAAGAUGCUCUGAACUGGCUAUCACUUCCAGAUUUGACCCAAAAAUCCACCCAAACAUCUCAGAUCUCUCAGUGCUCGACAACGAAACAAUCUCGUUUCUGAUUAAACAGAGCAAAACAGACCAAACCAAAAAAGGCCACUUCAUAUAUAUUUUCAACCUCUCGUCACCAAUUCAACCGUUCCAAACUAUAUUAGCCUACCUCCAACUGAGAAACUCUCAUGCAAAAUCCCCUCUCGAACCCUUGUUCAUCGACGAUUCUAACAAACCCGUGACACGCUUUUGGUUCCAAAAACACCUAAAAUCUGUUCUCCAACUUUCAGGCAUCCCAGCAGAGAAUUUCUCCAGUCAUUCCUUCCGCAUUGGAGCAGCAACCUCAGCAGCCCAAAAAGGCCUCUCUCAGCAACAGAUCCAAGCGCUCGGAAGAUGGUCCUCAGACGCGUUCCAAACUUAUAUCAGAACUAAUCGUUUCCAUGUCAAAAAAGCCCACCAAAUCCUCAUUGGUUAAAAAAAAAAAAAAAAAAAAAAAAAAAAAA